AUGGACGUUUUCAUCGUGCUCCUAACUCUCCUCUGGCUCCGAAACCUUCCAACAGGCUCGGCAGCCCCAGCUUCAGCAAACACGACCGCUGAAUCAUUUACCUUACAAAUUCACAGGCAUCCUCAACCCUCCAGCGACCUUCGACCUGAUGCCGUAGAGAUCGUCGACUACCCGAUCCCCGGCACGACCACCACCAUCCACUUCAUCCUCGGUCCCCCCCUCCCUCCGGCCGUCAUGUCCGUCACCAUCCUCUCGGCUUACGACCACAUCACUUCCACCAUCGCCUCCACAGGCGACUGCGUGCUCCCGGCAUCCCAGGACCCGUUCGUGUACAACCAGGGCUACGGCGCUUUCAUCGCGGCCCGCUCGGCCCAAGGGCGGCAUCUGACCUGGAGCUUCCUGGAAGGCGCCGCGGCGGGGCUGUACAAUGGGCUCUACCUGAGGGGUAGGUAUAGAGCGAGCGAGUUCCGGAUCUGGGAUGGAGUGGUGGGCUUGGUCGGGGUUGGGGAGAUGGGGGCUGAUGCGGUGCACGCUGGUGGAGGGAGGAAUGGGACGGUCCGGUGGACGAGGAAUGGGACGACGAAGGGAGUGGUUGAGAUUGACGCGAGAAAGAGGCAACGCAUUGAGUACACGACGCUAUUCCAAUCUGCCGAGCUGCUGAACUGCAUUAUCGACAGAUUGUACGACUUCAACAUGACUGAUAUCAUCAAGAGCGCCGAAAAGCCCUCAACGAACGCACAAGGUCGAAAGCUUGAUGGAUUCCAAAGCCUCGUCCAGGAGCUCAGCGGGUACAUGGAUACAGCACAAAGUUUAGCUUUCUCGGAAAUCUGCGAUCCGAACGCCGUAAUCCAACGGAUGGAAGAGUAUCGCUCAGAACGUUUGGAUUGGGCGAAAUACGCUCAUGGGGAUGGGGGUCUGUGUUUCACGAGGAACAUGGUUGAACGCGGUGCCGGCAAGUGUAACAUCCUCAUUUUAGUCUGGACUCCAGGCAAGGAAAGCCCGGUACAUGAUCAUACUGGUUCACAUUGCGUGAUGAAAAUCCUUCAAGGAUCAUUGAAAGAGACACAAUACAAGUGGCCAGAGCGAAAGGUGACCGAAGAACGGCAGCAUUCGCCUCUGCAGGUUCAAAAAUCAACACUGUUGAGUCGAGAUGAUGUGGCCUAUAUCUCGGACAAUCACGGGCUUCACAAAAUCAUGAAUCCUGACCCCGAGGAAUAUGCCGUAUCUCUGCAUCUGUAUGCUCCCCCGAACGCUGCGACAGAAGGGUGUCAGGUCUUUGAUGAGGAGACAGGAAGAGCGAAGCAUGUGAUCCAGUAUGACCUUUAUUCCGAGAUGGGUCAAAGGCUGAAGACAAGGCAACAGGGACUCGAAGGCACAACGGCCCAACAUGAGAUUCAUUCUGGCGAGAUACAGAGAGAGAUCGAUAUGAACGAUGAUCCAUUGGCGAUAUCGAAGCCUGUUGACUCUGGUGAGGUUGUGACACAAACAGACCAGGCUGAGCAAUCCCACAAUGUAGCAGCGGCUCCAGCGGCUUUGGACCCUCGAGAUAACGCACCGUCUCCUGUUAUUGCACAUAUCAAUGGAACGCCUAUCAAUCGCAGUAAUGGAAAUUCGGCAAUGGACAAGAGCGAUUCCGAAGCAGAGACGGUGGUUUUGUCUGGAAAAGAGGAGGGUGAGGAACAAAUGACGAGGAAGGCUAUCAAGCUGGAAGAGGCCAGCGUAGCAGAUCCUGUAGCCAAUGGGCCAUCGGACAACCUCCCAACAAUACGAGAAGACCAGCGUGAAGGACGUAGAGAAAACAAUGGUCGUACGCCAUCGUUGAAACGGAAAAGAACGAUACCAACAAAUGGGAGUGGUGAUGUUCCAGAUACCGGAAAUUCGAGCAACCUCAGCUCUACCAUUUCAUCACCAGUUCAAGCAGUCCAUUCCUCUAAGGCAACUGAAAGUGCGUCCGAUCGAUCGCGAUCAUCUCCUCCGUUUGAAGAGGUCGCUCCACAGCUGGAAGAACGGGUUAAGAAACAAAGGAGUGGGAGUGACAGCGGCCACAGUCGUCACCAAGCAGGGAAGAGUGAUCGAGAAGCUGGACUGGCGAAUUCACGAAAGCGACGCGAAACUCGAAGUGCAACACAUUAUGACGGACCCGCUCAUCGAUCUGAAUCUCCACCUGCACGUAACAACCACAGGGCACAAUCUAUACAAUCAACAAUCUCUCACCCCAACGGCGUGACCAAGCGAAGAAAAGUCCCAGCGCCUUUACACGUGGAGCGUCGAAGAAAGGCCUCUGAAGAUACUCACCCUGAUUCUGAUGAUAGCAGCUCCGUUCACAGUCGUCAUCACCUGCAGAAGAUCACUUCCGCCGACGGCCACGCAAUGUCACCAGCUAAGAUGCCAAUAUCAAGUAAGAAGAACCGGGACCGGAGUGGGCGGACUUUACUUGCCAGGGCCUGUGCCCAGGAUGCUUGUGAAGCAGAGAAAUGGUUGAAGGAAAGACCGCAGGAUAUUGAUGUUCCCGACAACGCCGGAAACACACCAUUACAGAUUGCCGCCCUCGAGGGAGAUGUUGAGGUCGUCCAACUUCUCUUGAACGCUGGCUGCGACACCACUUCCAAGAAUAUCGACAAAGACACGCCUCUCAUCGACGCGGUUGAGAACGGACAUCUAGAGGUGGUAAGGCUACUGCUCAAGGCGGGACUGGACCCAAGACAAAAGAAUGCGAAGGGACAAGAGCCUUUGGAAUUGAUCCCAGCCGAGGAUGAGGAAGCGGAGGACAUACGGGAAACCCUGAUGGCAAGCAAAAGGGAGAAAGAAUCUUUACGAAGACCCUCAGAGGACCACCACAGGCAUAGUACGGGCUCAAGAGAUGUUGAAAUAUCUUCGACGGGUGCUUCAGGUGCCAGUCCCACGAGGAGCCCACCUCCCCCGGCCCUAGGAGUAAGAAGAAGGACGGCAAGGAGCCAACCGACCGACGAUGCACUUUUAUGGGUCAACCCAACCCCAGAGAGACUUCGCGAUGCCGCUGGAAAAGGAGAUCUGACUAUCGUGGAUCACAUUCUCAAGAUGCGUCCCAAGGUCGACACUGAAGCGGUCCUUGCGGCAGCGCGAGGUGGACACGAUGGGGUACUCAAUUUGAUGAUGGCUAUUGGGAACCUGGAUCCGGACCCUGAACCUUUACGCUCAGGAGAGUAUAAGCCUGCUUAUAGCACUCCAAUGUUGGCGGCGAUUGGCCGGGGCAAUAUCAGCGUGAUACAGUUGCUGUUGAGCCAGCCUGGCUUCGAUCCAACUCGUCGGCGUUUUAGAGAUCUUACAUACUACGAGAUAUCGAAAGAGAGACAGGGCUCAGAAUGGCAAGAAGAAAACGAUAUUCUGAAAGAGGCGUAUGACAACUACAGACCAAAUGGAGGCCGUAGAAGCAACAACAACUCGCCACGCAAGGUCCGCCCGAAGCGAGCCGACUCGAAUAAGCAUUCUUCUGAGCCGUCCUCUUCUCCGCGUGACUCGAGAAAGGUACGGAAGACUAAGCCUUCACCAGACGAUGAUCCAAUGGAAGGGGUCAGAAAGGAUUCUUCACACAAGGGAACAGGAUCAAGACAUCUGGGAGAUGAUCUCAAAAAGCAACAAGACUCAGCCAUCGCGUCGGAUCGAGACUCAGAUGCUUUGGGACUUCCGAAGCCUAAGCACAAAGAGAGGAAAUCAAAUAGUGACAUUGCACGUCCUGCAAUCAAUCGUGCAGACAGUCUAAAACCUAAGCGCAGAUUGAUGUCUGGCAACGAUUUCAAGACUGAUCAAGAUCUAAAACAGAGGGCAAGUCAAGUUGCCGAAGCAAGGGAUGAUUCAACCAGACGCAUUUCAGGUGACUCCAUCUCAGGGCGACAGAGGAAGUCGAGUGACGCCUCCGAAUCUACCGCGAAGAUCAGCAAGGCAUCGUCCGAAGAGCCGACAAAUGUCAAGAGCGAACUUGGGAAGAAGCGUCAUCGUAUGAGUGUUAGCCCACGAGCCAGCAAGACCGAUCUACCUGGGACGACAGAGGCGGUCAGAAAGAAGAAACGACGAGUUGACUCCCAAGGCAACGCAAUCGACCAAGAUCGUGAUCGCUCAUUUCGACCGGGGCCGGCGAUGGUAGCAAACAUGAUCGCGAGCCCUACAGCUGGCCCAUCUCCUACUGUGUCUCAAGGUACGGCGCCGGUAGCAUUUAUGGGUAGCAAUACUGCUUCGCCUGUGACAAAAUCUCCAAUCGAGUCUAGAAUACAUUCCACACUUAUCUCGCCUGUGAACAGUAUAGAUCAAGCGCUUUCACAACAACAACAACCAGAUCUAGACGAUAUGCGAGCACAGAAACAAGUGGAAGAAGAUAUGUUGCGUCAAGAAAGGCUAGACCGUGAGCGUGAGCGCCAAGCUGCACAGGAAGAGGAGGAGCGACUUGAAGAAAUAGAGUCUGAGAAGCGACGGCAGGCUGAAGCCGAGCUCGAACGGAAAGCUCGAGCUGAGGUGGAGGAAGCUGAACGAAAAGCCCGCGUUGCCCGGGAUGAAGAGGACGCCCGCCUCGAGGCUCAACGUCAAGCUGAAGAGGACCAGCGACAACAACAAAUGGAGCGAGAAGAGGAGGAGAACCGUAUCGCCAAGAAGAAGCGGGACGAUGAGAUGCAGCAACGGAAAGUGGAGCAGGACCGAUUACGCAAAGAAAAUGAAGAACGUAAGCGCCGAGAGUUCGAAGAACGUGAGAGCAAACGUCGCAUGCAAGCACAAGAGGAGGCUGAGCGACUUCGUCGACAAUCCCUACCCAAUGGCUUGAGGAGAGCCGCCGAGCUAAGUCCGGAGGAUACAAGGACUGCGAAGGAGGUUGCCAAAUGGCUACCGUUGCGGACAGUCACGACUCAGGAGCUGGAUCCUGGUUGUGAGCCACAGAUGGCGGAGGAGAGGUGGAUUGCGAAUAUCCAGGCUGCGCCAAUAUUGGCCAUCAAGGAUCUGGAGCUUUCGCAAUACACCGCUUGGACCCGCUUCCCUGCCACCAUGAACCACCAAGGCUCCCUCUGGCGCCAAUUACGCAAUCCUAUGUCCCAAGCUAUCCCUCCCUCUCUUCUCUCCCCUACCGAAGUCUACAGCUUUGACGAAGAAACACGCCCUAAGUUCUUUGACCUGAAACACGUCUUCUGGAUCAAGCUAUCUGAGUUCAUGGAUAUUGUACCGAGACAUCAGCACCUCGCUGGCAUAAAACUGGGUACAAGAGCAAUGGUAUUACAUGAAUUCCCAUUCGGGAGAGGAGGUACAUGGGAUAGACCUGGUGUCAGUGGUGGAGAAGAGGUUGUGAAGCAGGAAGCGGCGGCGAGUCCGAUUAUGAACGGAAAUAUGACGAACGGGCAUCGCUGA